UUUCCUGUUUUUGGGGGGGGGGGGGGUCAGGUUUUCUUCAUCAGGAUCUGGGGGUAUUUCGCUCAAUUAAGGGGGGGCUUCAAGGAUUUGUUUACUCCCCACCCCCUCCUUCUGCCCAGGGCACCACAAAGGACCCCCCCUCCACCCCACCCCAACCAGGCACCCAAAGACCCCCCCGGGACCCCCCCAGGAGCCUCCAUUUGCACCGCCACGAGCGUGAGGCCUUCUUUGCCCUGCUGGAGGACAGCGUGGUGCAGGAGUUCCUCUCCACAGACGUCUGCUAUAGGAUUUCUGAUAAGUACUUAUUGGCCAUGGCGCUGACAUACUUCAAGCGCGCCGCGCUGCCCACCAGUGAAUACACCCGCAUCAACCUCUUCACUGCGCUAUACCUGGCCAACGACAUGGAGGAGGACGAGGAGGAGCACAAAUACGAGAUCUUCCCCUGGGCUCUGGGCCGGGGCUGGCGCCGCCUCUUCCCUCGCUUCCUCCGCCGCCGCGACCGCCUCUGGGCCCGCAUGAGGUACAGGGCUGCAGUCAGCAGGCACUGCUGCGACGAGAUCAUGGCCUCCGACCCCUCGCACUGGGCCUGGCUCCGCGAGCGCCCUGCGCAGCACAGCGGUGCCAUGCGCCCCUAUGGGAGAGACCCCCGGGACCCCCAGCCCUCCGGCUGCCCCCGCUGCUGCCCGCCCCCCCCUGCCGCCCCCCGGGAGGAGGAAGAGGAGGAGGAGGAAGAGCACAGCGCUCCAUGGCCGCCCUCCCUGGUCAUCCUCCCGCUGCAGAGUACGUCCCCGCUUUCCGACGGUGCCGAAACGCGUUGAUUUCACCCCAAAAAUCAGCCUGGGGGGGGGCUGAGAUUGGGGUCUGCUCCCCUUGCUUUCCUCGCAGCUUGCGGCGCUGAUUCCUGCGCUUUUUAACCCAAAAUCUCUUUGGUUGGUGUCACGCUGAGCUGCUUCUCAGUACUGAUAUUUUUGGGGGUGGUUUUCUCUAUUUUUAUGAUUCCACGAGGAGGGGAAAAAAAACUUCCGACCCCAAAUCUCUUGGGUUUCUGCUCAGUGUCACCAAUCUGAUGCUGCCCUCGAGCAAUUUUGCUCUUUUUCCCGCUUUCAGCCCCAAAAGUCGCCCAUCUCUCUGUGUCACACAGGGGGGUCUGCGUCUGAGAUGAUGUGUAAAAAGAAAAAAAAAUCACAAAAAAAGGGGAAAAAACCCAUUAUGAAAUAUUAAAAA